GAGCGAGCAGGAAGCGCGGUGGCUCCGUGGACGCUGCGUUUGGAAAGGUGUGGAGGGGGCGGAGUCGCAGGUUGCCCCCAGUCGGCCUGCAGUCCCCGAGUCACCCGCCGUUGGGCCCGCGGCCUCCCCGACCGAGCGUUGGCUCGGGGCUCCACUGCUCUGGCCUGGGGGCGGGGCCGCGCAGCGUCAUGCAUAUGCAUGAGCGGCGCGGCAGCUCCAUUGUGCCCUGGGAGCGGCGGAGGCGCGAUGGCGCGGACGGCGGCGGCCCUUGGGUGGCAGGCGGCGCGCAGGGCGGGCUGAGCGCAUGGAGCGGAGCGGGCCUGGGGCCGCGGCGGCGAGGGGCCGGGCCGGGCCUCAAGGAGCUGACCUGCUGCCCCCUGACCUGCUCCGCACCAUCCUGCCCCCACACCUGCUGCCCCGUGCCCUCUUUCCUGGUAGUUGCAGAACAUGCAUGGCGAUGUCUGUGGCACACGGGAGACUGGGGUGCAGCGGCUGUGAGGUUCCAGAGAAGAGGGAUCUGGGCAGUGUGUUCUCGAGGAAGAGCAGCCAGAGCAGCUGGGUCGCACACCAGCACCAGUGAGAGCUGCGUCCUGCCACCCUUCAGGCUGCUCCCAAGCCAAUGAACCCCAUGAACCCCAUGAAACCUGCCCCGCCCUCCGUACCACACAGUGAUGGUCCCUUCCCGUAUGAGGCGCUGCCGUGGCAACAGAGCGCCCCUCAGCCCGCAGGAUCGCUGUCGGUGGUCACGACCGUGUGGGGAGUCGGCGGUGCAGCGCAGAGCCAGGUGCGCCUGCCUCCGGUCUCAGCCAGGAUGGAGCCAGGGCCCCCUGCGCUCCGGGCCCUUGAGGUUUUGGGGAGCUCCAUGGGCCCCACGGGGAGCCCCCCCGGCAGCUCCGUGAUGCCUGGCAUGGCAGGCAGCAGCUCGGCCCUGAGCUCCCCGCAGUGCCUGGGCCAGCAGGCGUUCGGCGAGGGUGGCGCCAGCAAGGGCUACGUGCAGCCGGGGGUGUACAGCCGCGGGGGCUGCCCCGGGAGCCCCGGCUUCAGCACUGGGUAUGCAGGUGGCCCCGGGACGCCUGGGGGUCUGGGCCUCCCCUCCCAUGUCACACGACCCUCCACGGACUUCACUCAAGCAGCAGCUGCUGCUGCUGUGGCUGCUGCCGCUGCCACCGCUACGGCCACCGCCACGGCCACCGUGGCUGCCCUCCAGGAGAAGCAGAGCCAGGAGCUGAGCCAGUAUGGAGCGAUGGGGGCCGGACAGUCUUUUAACAGCCAGUUCCUGCAGCACGGAGGCCCCCGGGGGCCUGGCGUCCCCAGCAGCAUGAACCCUGCCAGCAUGGGAGGGCUGACCGGCCCCUCCGGCCCCAUGGGCAUGAGCCCUGCCCGGGCGGUGGGCACAGCCCCCUUGUAUGCAGGACAGCGGCUGCCCCCGCACGGGUACCCAGGGCCUCCCCAGGCCCAGCCGCUGCCCCGGCAGGGGGUCAAGAGAGUCUACUCCAGCGAGGUGUGUCCAGGGCAGCAGUGCCUGCCGGGAGGCCAGUACUCACCCGGGCAGCCCCCUGCCCCCUCCUCCUACCCUGGUCACAGGCUGCCCCUCUCCGCCUCUGGCCCGCUGGGACUGCACUACAAGCCGGCGGAGCAGUUCCACGGGCCGGGCGCCAGCUUCGGUGCCGGGAGCGUCGGCUACGGCCAGCCUGGCCUGAGUGGGCCGGCCCGCUCCCUCCCUGGCUACCCCGGCUCCCCGCUGCCCGGGAGCCCCACGCCGCCCAUGACCCCCGGCAGCGGCGCCCCCUACAGCCAGGAUGUCAAGUCUCCCUUCCUGCCUGACCUCAAGCCCAGCGCGAGCUCCCUGCACCCGUCGCCCCCCGGCGGCGGCCCCUGUGACGAGCUGCGGCUGACCUUCCCGGUGCGGGACGGGGUGGUCCUGGAGCCCUUCCGCCUGCAGCACAACCUGGCGGUAAGCAACCACGCCUUCCAGCUCCGCGACUCCGUCUACAAGACCCUGAUGCUGAGGCCCGACCUGGAGCUGCAGUUCAAGUGCUACCACCACGAGGACCGGCAGACGAACACCAACUGGCCGGCCUCGGUGCAGGUCAGCGUCAACGCCACCCCGCUCUCCAUCGAGCGCGGCGACAACAAGACCUCCCACAAGCCCCUGCGCCUGAAGCACGUGUGCCAGCCGGGCCGCAACACCAUCCAGAUCACCGUCACGGCCUGCUGCUGCUCCCACCUGUUCGUGCUGCAGCUGGUGCACCGGCCGGCCGUCCGCUCCGUGCUGCAGGGCCUCCUCAAGAAGCGGCUGCUGCCUGCCGAGCACUGCAUCACCAAGAUAAAACGGAACUUCAGCAGCGGCACCAUCCCUGGUACCCCUGGGCCCAACGGAGAGGACGGGGUGGAGCAAACGGCCAUCAAGGUGUCCCUCAAGUGCCCCAUCACCUUCCGCAGGAUCCAGCUCCCCGCCCGAGGCCACGACUGUCGCCACAUACAGUGCUUCGACUUGGAGUCCUACCUGCAGCUCAACUGUGAGCGGGGGACCUGGAGGUGCCCCGUGUGCAACAAGACGGCCCUGCUGGAGGGCCUGGAGGUGGACCAGUACAUGCUGGGCAUCCUCACCUACAUCCAGAACUCCGACCACGAGGAGAUCACCAUCGACCCCACGUGCAGCUGGAGGCCGGUGCCCGUGAAGCCUGACUUGCACGUCAAGGAGGAGCCCGACGGGCCGGCGCUGAAACGCUGCCGCACCGUGAGCCCUGCACACGCGCUCCUGCCCAGCGUGAUGGAGAUGAUAGCCGCCCUGGGCCCAGGGGCCGCCCCCUUCGCCCCCCUGCAGCCCCCCUCGGCCCCGGCCCCCAGCGACUACCCCAGCCAGGGCUCCAGCUUCCUGGGACCCGGGACCUUCCCCGACUCCUUCCCGCCCACCACACCCAGCACCCCGAUCCUUCCUGAGUUCACCCCGGGGCCACCCCCGAUCUCCUACCAGCCCGACAUUCCCGGCAGCCUCCUGACACCAGAGAAGUCGGCUCCCAGCCUCCCGGGCCAGAUGGCACCUGCAGGUCACCUGGACCCGGCCCACAACUCUGGACCACCCGGACUGCACACCCCCGCACUUGGAGGCCCCCCAGGGGCGCAGCUGCACCACCCUAACCCUCUCCCGGUGACCCGGCAGCCCCUGGGUCCCGUGGGCUCAGGUCCUGUCGGCGAGCUGGUCUUCCAUGCUGCCACAGGCGUGAUGGGGCCCCCCUUAUCUGGGGCAGGGGAGGCCCCAGAACCAGCCCUGGAUCUGCUCCCAGAACUGACCAACCCGGAUGAGCUGCUGUCGUACCUGGGCCCGCCCGACCUGCCCGCCAGCAGCAGCGACGACCUGCUCUCUCUCUUUGAGAACAACUGAACCUGCCGGCCGCCCAGAGGCGGGACGGGUCGCCGACGUCACCGCGCCCUACCUUCCCGCCCGCCCGCUCCCCAAAGCUCACCUGGGGCCACUCAUCCCAGAGCUGCAAACAGCCCUGCCCUGGCGGGAAGGGACUGUGCCAGCCCCGCCCGCUGGCAGCUGUAGGAGGUUCCAGGGGCCCGGCCCCCCAUGCCCCGCCCCCUCAGCCGCCUCCCACACGAGCGCACCCUCCGCCUGCCGCCCCCAGCGGUGACCCCAGUGGUUCCCGAGGGGGCGGGGCCCCCUCCUGCCCAGGUGCAGCCGCAGGCACCUCCUGGGGACAUCGUCGCCCCCGCAGCCCCGAACUGUGACCGUGCAGCCCUGCCGCGUCCCAGCGCCGGGUGGGGGCGCCCGCCUGCCCGCGUCUCGAUUAAAGGACUCCCAUGGUG